AUGGAUUGUGUAACAACUGAUUCACUUAACUGUGAAUGUUACGUACAGAUGCCGGAAGGACAACGAGGUGGCUUGAUUGAAAUCCUAGCAACGGUUGGCUCAAUCAUACUCAUGAUUGUGACAUUUCCAAUAUCGGUUUUCAUAUGCUUCAAAGUUGUUCAAGAAUACGAGCGUGCCGUCAUUUUCAGAAUGGGAAGACUCAGAAGUGGUGGAGCACGAGGCCCUGGAGUAUUCUUUGUGUUACCUUGCAUCGAUAAUUACUGCAAAGUAGAUUUACGAACCGUUUCUUUUGACGUUCCACCUCAAGAAGUACUUACAAAGGACUCAGUAACAGUUUCCGUUGAUGCUGUCGUAUAUUACCGAAUAAGCGACCCAUUAAAAGCCGUAGUGCAAGUUGCCAAUUAUUCGCACUCAACACGCCUUUUAGCUGCAACAACUUUGAGAAAUGUACUGGGAACGAGAAAUCUCUCCGAGCUAUUGAUUGAACGUGAAGCCAUUUCCCAUACUAUGCAAAUAUCGCUAGAUGAAGCAACUGAUCCUUGGGGAGUUAAAGUUGAACGAGUUGAAAUUAAGGACGUAUCAUUGCCAACACAACUUCAAAGAGCUAUGGCAACAGAAGCUGAAGCUGCGAGGGAAGCACGUGCAAAGGUGAUUGCUGCAGAAGGAGAAAUGAAAUCCGCUAGGGCGUUGAAAGAAGCUGCUGACACAAUGUGCGAAUCACCUGCCGCGUUGCAACUCAGAUAUCUCCAGACACUCAACAGCAUUUCAGCAGAAAAGAAUUCGACAAUAAUAUUCCCAUUGCCUAUCGAUCUUAUAAGCCCAUUACUUAACUUGGUGAAAAAGUGAUAGCAAUUUGGAGAUGACGUUGACGACCGAUUCUUUAGAAAUGCCAUCAAUUAUUGUUGAUGUUGAAAUGUAUCUAUCGUAAUUUUAACUUAUUUCCUUGAAAGCUUUAUAAACCAAUGUUGGACCACAAGGGAAAUGGAAAUAUUUUUGCAACGUCAUGGCAAAUUGUUGUGGAUUUAAAACAACAUAAACAUAUUUUGACAUUGUCUGUAAAGUUUCAUGUUCUCUUAGGAUUAAGAAAAUAAUAAUGUUCUUAAAUUCAUAAAAUUUAAAUAUUUAAGCUUUAAAACUUUAUUCACUGUCUAACAAUGGUUUUAGUUUUUUUCGUAGAUAGAAAACAAAAGAGAAAUCCUUUUUCCAGAAAUUAGAAGAAAAUUUUAAUAAAAUUUUAUAUUCCUUGUCUCUCUUGACCAACAAAA